UUCUCUUCCUAAAUUUCCAUGGCCGGUGACGACGUACCUCCUCACCACCACCCAAAAUUGACUAAUUCUCCCUAUUUUAUCGGUCCUCAAGACCGACCCGGGGACUAUAUCACGCCUACUCGUUUCACGGGCGACAAUUUUGAUGAAUGGGCAGCCGACAUACAAACGGCGUUGGAGGCACGCCGUAAAUUUGAGUUCUUGGACGGCACUAUCACUGAACCGCAGCCUCCUUGUAUAAAGUCCGAUUGGACUGCAAUUAACGCCAUGUUAAUCUCUUGGAUCACAAAUACCAUUGAUGCUGAUGUCACAUCUUCCUUGUCAAAAUUUAGGGAGGUCAAACCCUUUUGGGAUCACCUUAAAAGAAGGUUUGCGCAGACUAAUGGACCACGAAUUCAACAGCUUCGGUCUUCCCUGGCUAAAUGUCAACAGCCCAAAACCAUGUCAGUGUCCGUAUAUUACGGAAAAUUACAUGCUCUAUGGCAAGAAUUGGAUCAUCAUGAGCCCCUGAUUUCUUGUACUUGUUGCUCCGGUUGUACGGCAGGUCGUUUACAUGAGGUUCGUCGUGAGCAAUCUAAACUUCAUGAUUUUCUGAUGGGUUUGUAUUCCGAGUAUUACUCUUCGUUGCGGACUAAUAUAUUGUCUCAAGAUCCGUUACCAAGUCUUGAUAGGGCUUAUCAGCUUGUGAUUCAAGAGGAGCGUGUUCGUACGGCCAAACAAGAAUCCGAGACACAGCCGACCGAGGCUCUUGGAUUUGCGUUUCGUGCUACUGCAGGACGGGGUCGUGGUUCUGCAGAUCGUCUUGUGUGCUCACUUUGCAAGAAGGUAGGACAUGUGACUGAAAAGUGUUAGUCGCUUUUGGUGUGGUCUCAUUGCAAGAAGCGUGGUCAUGAUGUUAGUAAGUGUUAUGACAUCGUGGGUUAUCCCGAAGGGUGGACUAAAAAGAAUGGAAGGCUGUCUUCCACUGGUCGAGGUCGUGGCUUGGGGCGUGCAACUGCCACGCCCGGCAGCACCUCCACGCCUUCGCCCGUGGCAAAUUGUGUAACAACCGCAUCAAAUAACGGCUAGUGGGUCAGCACUUUACUUCCGAUCAAUGGAAGGUUAUUACGGGAUUUUUUGGUAAUGCUACAAUUCCAGAAAAUCGCUUGAAUGGUAAGUUUGAUGUUUUUUCUUGGAUUAUUGACUCUGGUGCUACUCAUCAUGUUACCGGUGAGAAAUCUUGGUUGUUUGAUGUCCAUACUGUUGAUUGUCCUGUUGGUUUGCCUAAUGGUGACAAGGUGCUUGCUUCUUUGGAAGGUUCUGUUCGACUGUCAGAUAAAAUCACCUUACAUCAUGUCCUUUUUGUGCCUUAUUUACGUUGCAACUUACUCUCCGUCCCCCAACUUACUGAUAAUUUACAUACUAUUGUCUCUUUUAAUUCUUAUAUGUGUGCUAUUCAGGACCCACUGAAGGAGCUGAUUGGAACGGGAGUUAGGAGGGACGGACUAUACUAUUUUAGCAAACCGGACGUGGUGCAACAUGUGUCUACUGUCGUGGCAACGUCCGCAUUGGAAUUGUGGCAUCGACGAUUGAGGCAUCCUUCCGAGAGAGUAGUAAAGUUGCUUCCUCAUGUCAGUAGUGAUAAGAGUAGUUUAGCAAAGGAUUGUGAAGUGUGUUUACGUGCUAAGCAUCCUAGAGACAAAUUUUCUUUAAGUGAUAAUAAAGCAUCUAGAAUAUUUGAGAAAA